AUGAGCAAAAAGGGAGAUCCAGAAGAGUUAUACCUCAAGCAAGAGAAGAUCGGAAAGGGUUCAUUCGGUGAGGUGUUCAAAGGUAUAAAUAAGAAGACCAAUGAGGUUAUAGCCAUCAAGAUCAUCGAUUUGGAAGAUGCAGAGGAUGAGAUUGAGGACAUUCAGCAGGAGAUCAAUGUGUUGUCACAGUGCGAGAGUCCAUUCGUUACGAAAUACUUUGGUUCUUAUUUGAAGGGCACAAAGCUGUGGAUUAUCAUGGAGUUCUUGGCCGGAGGCUCCGUACUCGAUCUGAUGAAGCCCGCUCUCAUUGACGAGGGCUUCAUCGCCAUCAUCCUGAGGGAGUUGCUCAAGGGUCUUGAGUACCUCCACUCUGAGGGCAAGAUUCACAGAGAUAUAAAGGCUGCCAACAUCCUUCUGGCCGCCAACGGUGAUGUCAAGCUUGCUGACUUUGGUGUCAGUGGACAGUUGACCGAUCAAAUGACAAAGAGGAAUACAUUCGUUGGAACACCAUUUUGGAUGGCUCCAGAAGUUAUUAAACAAACAGGAUAUGAUUCUAAAGCUGAUAUUUGGAGUAUGGGUAUCACUGCACUGGAAAUGGCAAAGGGUGAGCCACCUAGAGCUGACCUGCAUCCAAUGAGAGCCCUGUUCUUGAUCCCAAAGGACCCAGCACCAACGCUCGAGGGCAACUUCUCAAAGGGCUUCAAGGAGUUCUGCGCGAUGUGUCUGAACAAGGAUCCAAACCUGCGUCCAACUGCAAAAGAGCUGCUAAAGAACAAGUUUAUCAAGGCUGCCAAGAAGACCAGCUGUCUGACCGAGCUCAUUGAGCGUCGCCAGAAGUGGCUACAGAUGAACGGCGGUGGUGGUAUCGACGACGACGAGGAUGAGGACAGAGACGGACAGGGUCGAGCGGACGAGGACGACGGAUGGGACUUCCCCACAAUCAAGGCUGCCAAGUCACCAGUGGCUGCUGCGCCAGUCGUCGCACCAGUCGUCGCCAAACCAGCACCAGUCGUCACACCAACUCCAACGCCACAACCAGUCAGCACACCAGCACCAAGAGUCGAGGAGCCCAAGCCAAGAACAACCUCCAGCACACCAGCCGUGGCUCCAGUCGUACAACAGCCUCAAGUUUCAGUGCCAAAGCCAGUGGCUCAGCCAGCACCCGUGGCAGUUGCACCAGUGGUCGCUGCCGCACCAACACAGACCACCUCCGGCGGCGCUCAGAACGGCUCCGCUGUUGGCCAGCCACAGAGAGCCAGUGCUCUCACCUCUGUCAUCUACCCAGUUCUGUCCAAGCUGCUCAAGAGCACUCAGGAUGAGAACGUCAUCAACUCGUUGGCUCAGCUCAAGAUGGCCUUUGACAAUGCCGAGAAGGCCAAGCCAGGCAUCACUCACAGUUUAAUUGCACAGAUCAUCGAGACCCUUAAGAGAUAA